AUGGUCGAAAGCCGCGGACGUGAGCGCGGAUUUCAACCGGCGUCGAGGUCGUGCUCGGGCUCGAGAGCGGCGCGAAGUCGCGUGGGAAAGCCUUCCAGACUUUAUCGACCGCUCCCGGUCGUCCUCUUGCUCGUUGUCGCGUCUAUGGCUGCGGUUCCGGGACGAGGCGCGACGUACGCGGCGUGUCCAGAAGCGUGCGGCGCCGCCAAGUCUCGGGGCGUGUGUCGGAUUGACGGAACGUGCGAGUGCGUCGAGGCUUGGACGGGAUUAAAGUGCGACGUCCCGGCGAUUAGCGUGGUGCGGGAGGUUCGGGGAGAUGGGACGGCGGCAUACGAGCACGACACAAACGGGACAACGUUCAGCGAGGCACACGUCAGCAGCGUGGUGCUCGACGGCGUCAAGGGGGUCGCGUACGUGUACGCACAUGAUUCUGGCGGGGUUCGAGUGGUCGAGGUGGAUGCACGGUACCCCGAAAGCUUCACAUCGGGUGGGAUCACAUCGCGCGGUUGGGGAGCAAACGGACCGAGGCGAGAGUUGACAGGAGCAACGCCGCCAGCCAUUGCGCCCGAUACGGGUUACUGCGGCGUGGAGACGUCGAUUUCGUGCACGGCAAAGCAUCCGAGAGCGUAUGGGCGCGUGGAUCCCGCGAAGUCGCGCGGAUGGUACGGUGUGCAUGCAGAGCUGUCGCUGAUCCUUGAUCCUUUCGAUAUGUCCCUGACGUCAGUCAUUGUGCCCGUGAAUAUGUGGAAGCCGAACGAAGAGAACAAGUAUAAAUUUGCACUUUAUCAGUACGUUGGUACAGCGUGUACGUCUGAUCCAUCUGCAUGGGCGAACUGCGUGCUAGGCAGCUCCUCAAGCGGAACACCAUCAAAGUUCGAGCUCUCCAAUUUCAUUUUGGACGCAGUUGGAGUUAGCAACUCCAACGGGAUGAUGGUGUACAAGGCGACACACGAGGACGGUGUCUCAAAAGGCAUCAUUGGCCACGUCAAUAAAAACAUGCAGACACAACAAUAUACCCCCUUAUCACCAGGACUGAUGAAGUCAAGGUGUCCUGAAUGUGCAAACGCUCCUGACGCCUUGCGCAUCGAGACGAGCACAAACUACUCCGCAUCUGGAGUAAAUAAUUACGUCAUAUUCGCUGGUUCUGCAUUGCUCGAUUACACAGAUAGAACAUUUUAUCCGGCUUUGUACAAGGUCAACGCGAAUCCAAACGUUCGUGACGGGGAUGGUGAGGAAAUGUACGUGGUUAAUACAACCAUAGCAGUGCCCGAGGCAUGCGAAGGACAAAGAGAUACAAGACAGGGACGAUUCUCAACUUUCACGGCGAUAACGAGUCACGGUGAGUUUGGAUACGUGGGAACCUCUGGGAGAGACAGUAACUGCGCUCAAUGUAACAAACGCGCGGCUUGCAUCUUCAUGUUUCACAUGAGUUUCUCUGAAGGCGAUGGACCUCUCGCGGUCCUCGUGCUUGACGGCGAGCUCGGUGAGCGCGACGCUUUGAGCGCGAUCGUCGUUCCGAGUACGAAUUCCGGAGAGAAGGAUUACAUGUACUGGACGGUCGGCUCCGGGGAUAAUAGUACAAGUCGAAUCGUAAAGAUUGAAAUAGGUGGGGUCGAUACUUCGAGCGAUUGCGUUACCGGUUGCUUCAAGAGGGUGGGAACGUUUAAGGAAAAUUUCCCGAUAGGAGGCAUCACUCCAGUGCCAGGAGAACAUAGAAUAUUCGCUGUUAGCUCUGGAGCGACGACGAAAUAUGCAAAAUAUUCAACGUCUGUGAUCUCCAGAGUUGAACCAACGCAUGUGAGUUCUCUGACGUCGGGUACAACGGUCAAGAUAAUUGGAAGUGGUUUCCAUUCGCCUUCGCUCGGAGCUGGCCUUAGUCAUUCGAUUGCUUGCAGAUUUGGACAUACGAACGAUGCGAAUGACGGAUUUGCGAAUACUUCAUGGUCGCCAGGGACGUACAUUUCGCCGUUUGAGAUCUCAUGCAUUACUCCGUCAGCUGCAAACUCGAGCUCAACAAACAUUGGUUACAGCGAGGUUCAAGUGUCAUUCGAUGGUUUCCCAAGCGAUUCAAGCGACCCGAACGGUGUGUGGCAAAAGUCUUUAUGGAAUUCUGCCCACCUGUAUUUGCGAUAUCACGAUCCGGCUGUUAUCGUCGCCACAAAUAUAGGCACUGAGGAGGCUAGCGUAUUGUACACUGGAGAAGAUGCCGACAAUCUUCCUGUUGAUCUCAGAAUCGCCGGAGGUCCAUUCAUAAACUCUCCGGACUUGAAAUGUAGAUUCCAUGGCGACGACACGAGCGUGACAAACGCCAUAUUCGUUAGUGCGAUAGAGAUCAAGUGCAAGGUGUGUAAAGUGGUCAGUGGGCGCUGCUCAAAUCCAGUUGGAAGUCCUCUGCCAUGGCUUCCAAGUGGCCAGCCAGCCGAGGUGGAGGUUGAAGUAUCACUCAACGGUGUUGACUUCGGUGAUUCAAAAGGAAAACUCAGGCUUCAUGGGCUGCCUGUGGGUGUUAAACUCUUGGACGGACCGAAGGUGGAGCGUGCGAUUACUGCAGCCUCCGGUUUUUCUGUGGGAACCUUUCAGGUUGGCCUCGUGGAUGUGAACGAAACUCUAAUAGCGUACGAUCGAGGCGAAGGAGGAACUAAAGGUUUCAACAUCUCAGCUGUGAUAUCUGGGCCUUCUAAUGUCGCGAUAAGCGACGAUACGUCAUCGGCCACGACGACUGAGGGCGUCGCCUCGUUUGUACCCGCUCUGACUGCGGCACCCGCUGCAGGAGAGUACAAGAUCAUAUUCACUGCAGCUGAUUGUACUAAGAGCGAUGGAUCAUGUGUGAUGAGCUUGAGCGUACAAGCAGAGGCACUUUUUUCCGUACAACCAGGUCCGAGUGCUGGCUUGUCUGUGACACCAGGGAGAGCACUUACACGUUUCAUGAUCUCCGACCCCGGGCUGUUUCCAGCAGAUGUGAUCGCGCUGCCCGCAACUCAAAACACAUCUAUAGGGUAUUUGAUCGUUGAUCUUGUCGACUCAGGGGGAAGUGCGUUGCAAUCACUCUCAAAGAACGAUGUUGUGGUGACAGCUUCUCUCGUUACAAGCACAGUUGAUUCCAGUGGUAUUUAUGUAGCACGAACCACUGGCGCUCAGCUCAUCGGGACGUUAAACAGAACAACGAGCGAUGGUCGUGCAUUAUUUUCUGACCUAUCACUUAUCGCUGCGGCACCAUCCGGUUCGAGAGCCGUAGGUUCUGCGGAUGACAUCACCUACGGUGAGGCGACAAGAGGAGAUUUUGGAGAAGCAUCAAAGUAUAUUUUGCAGCUCAGCGCAGUGGUCGAGGGAGUUUCAUACUCGACUCACGCAAUCAUCCGAAUCGAUCUUGGUAAACCGUCCUAUCUCCGGGUGAAUAACACGUACAGCAAGCGGACGAUUUACGCCGAAGCUCCAGAGCAACCGAUUGGUGAAAUCAUCAUCGGCGCGUAUGACAGUGGUAAUAACUUCGUCGGCACAGCUGAAACAAGUUCACGCAGCGUGACCGUGACAGCUUCAGCCGGAAUCAACUUGGCUGGUAAUCUCCAAGUGGAGAGGGAUGAUACUGGGGUGUGGCGAUUCUCAGAUCUCAAGGUUCUGGGCCCCGCUGUAGGAGAUUUUGGUCUUACUUUCUCCUCACCGGAUUUGCCCUCCGUGUUACAAGUUGUUAGUGUACUCGAUGGGGACGCCGGGUACGAGCUAUCACCGUCUCUGUCAACAUUAUCAACGGUUACGGCCGGACCAGCUGUUUCACUGGAUUCAUUUUCGCUGUCAAUUCUGGAUAAGAGCGGUACCUCUCUGGGAACAUUCGAUAAGCACUCGACAGGUGACACUGUGGCGCCAAACCGAACGAUUCAGGUCAGCUCCGAAACUCUUGCGCUUUCUGGAUCGACCGUGCUAUUCACGAACGGGAACGGUCAAGUCUCUGUCACGGGUUUAGUCGCGGAAUCGCCCAAGGUAGGCUCGCAUACCUUGAUAGUAUCUGAGACCAGUGCACAUGUGAGCGGAGAGCAGCGCGAAGGAAAGCUGCAGCGCGCAACUGUCACUGUAACCGUCGUUGUGGGCGCCGUGAGUGGGUUCAAAGUCAUCAGUCCCAAAACUUUCGAGUUCAGUUCAUCGUUUACCGACAGUAUCCAGGCAUCAGAAGCGACGGCAUAUUCCGCAGGGCACACGGUACCACUCAGUGACUUCGUGAUAGUUCCUGUGGAUGGUGCUGGUAAUGAGUUGCCGACGGGAACCUCUCCUAGUGGAGUCACACUGACGGCAACUAUGAAUGAUACGAGCCGUGCCGUUUAUCCGUACAUACUUGGUACGAACGAGACCGCUAUCGCUAAAGCCGCAGUGCUCACUGUGUAUUCAGACACAUUGACGUAUCCAAGGACUGGCUCGCUCAAGGAGACCACUUCAAGUGGUGGAAAUGCAACAUUUUCUGGGUUACACUUAGUUAAACCGCAGACUGGGACAUACACAUUGAUAUUUACGUCGUCUGAUCCCAAUUUGAAUUCUGCGAGUGUUGAUUUAAAUAUCACUCCAGGUACUUCUGUGCAGCUUGGGUUGCUGCCGUACUGCGAUUUAGUCGAUGGUGAGUGCCAGACAACUGUGAACUGCACCUGUCAUCGAUAUCGUUCCGCUCUCAAAGUGCAGAUGCACCCAAUCAUCGUAGACGUCCUCGACGGUGCAUUUAAUUUCGUCGGGGAUUUGCACACGAAGAGCUGUGAAACGUGCCCAGACAGGUCAGUGCAGCUGAGCCCAGAGAACGUCACCGUUUGCAGGUGGAUUGAAGUGGGAGUUUCGUGUGAGUGUGCAGGUAACAGCGAUCUAGCGUCGGCAUCGUCGACUCCAGCGCUCGAUAAAGUGCAGUGUAUAUCACUGGGGGCUCUCAGUGUCCUCGUAAACUCGGGAAGAGGUUCUUUUGAUGAUUUAAUCAUCCCCUACCCACGCACUGGGAUGUAUGCCGUCUCCAUUCACUCGCCUGGGCUCCUGGGGGUGAAGUACCACUUUUCCGUACAACUCGGUUCAGCGGCGAAGUUCGUGCUCGAGCGAACUCAAGCUAGUGGCUCGUAUAAAUCUGGGGUUCGGACUUCUAUCGUGAACGCUACAAACUCUUUGACAGGGCGUCUUUAUGACGGAGGCGAUAAUUUUCUUUACACCGCGAGCACAGGAUCAAUAAUAUUUGUUCGUUGCAAAACCGCCGCAUUGAGCGACUAUCCACAGGGAAUCAAUCCAGUGAUCGGGGGCACGACUUACGCGAUGGCGUGCGCUAACUCUGAGACGUGUGCAUCAAUGAGUGGAACUCCAGGUGUUGUGGAGUUUAGCAACAUCGAGUUGCUCGCGCCGGUCGUGGGAUCGCACCAGAUCGAGUUCUUGCUACAAAGCGAGGUGGUGGCGACUUAUACCGUGAACGUUGUGCUUGGAGAUCCAGCCAGGUUAAUAGUUGCAAAUAAUCCAAUUCGUACAUACGAGGCAAGGACUUCGACCGUGCUCGAUCCAUUCGAAAUUGCGAUCGCAGAUUUUGCCGGCAAUUUGCUCGGCUCGUCAAACACGAAUGAAUACGAUAUCUCUGCGUAUGUGACCGGUCCAAGGCAUAACUUCGCGUUGAGCGGGGCAGAUGCAACGCUGGCGGCGGGAGCUGGUAGUGUACUAUUCAGUGAGCUCGACAUCGGCAUGCCGGAGGCUGGAGAAUAUGAAAUUUCGUUCCGUUGCGAUGCGUGCACGAAUGCCGGGACUCCAGUUGCGUCGACGACUUUUAAAUUUUCAAUAGGUCUCGGGCCCGCGACAGGCUUAUCGGUUUCACCGGAGCACACCUCAGCCAUCACAGGCGAAACGGUCGCGUUGCAAACAGUAUACUCAACUGCGAAGGAAGUGAAACUGAGCAUCAUGGAGCUUCGAAUCGUUGACGCAGGCUCGAACGUCGUGAACGUCAACCAUGAAAUUUCCGUCGAGGCUAUCCCCAUAGCUUUGGGUGCGUGCAACUUCCCAACAAAUUUGUCGUACACUCCGCGAACAGUGGUCGCCGGGGCGGCGAUGUUCACAGACAUAGUAUUUUAUCGCCCUUGUACGGGUACCUACUCGUUGACGUUUUCAGCACAAGGAUCUGGUUUGGCGUCCGUCUCUAAGACCUUACAGUUCACUGUGGGGUAUCCAGCAAGCCUGGACGUCUGCACGGCAAACAGCUUCAUGCGCGUCUCGAAUGGGCUGUGUCGUGACCCGACGAAAUACACGGCGGCACCAACUCUGAACUUGAGGCACUUUUUGACAAGAAUGACCGAUUCUGGAGGAAACCACGUCGGUUCAAUUUGGGACCAGGAGGCGAGGAAUAUCACAAUCGAACUUGACUCUUUCACACCCGCGAGCGGACAACUUACUCAAGCGGGUGUAGUGCCAAUCUUACGUGCUGAUUGGGAUGGUUCUCUUCUAGCGGAGAAUGGCCAAGUGGGUUGGUGCGAAGAUACAGAAGACGAAAAUCCACAAACUGUGGUGCGCGUCAAUCCCCUUAGCGGGCUUUUCGAAUAUUCGAUAGAGUACGAAAAUCCUGCACCAGCGUACUGUCGGGAGAUGUACUACAGCGGUGUUGGACCAGAUACGCACUAUAACGUCGGUCUUCAGAUCGAGAACGCGCUAGCAGGAGUAUAUCGGCUCAAAGUCGCAUCUAUAUGCGACAUCACGCGUUGUCCAAAUGCGAUUUAUCCAACGCUUGAAGUUGAUAUGUUAGAGUUCACAGUUGUCCCAGGCGCGCCGACUGGUUUGAGUGUGGUCACCGCACCUCCGUUCAUAAGUGACAAUGACUUUGCGCUGAUACCAGCACCAGUCGUUGCUGUAGUUGACUCAGUCGGGAAUAUUUGCGUUAACGUGACCGCACAAGUCGCGGUGAGUGUUCUCCCUGUUUCGGCGCAAGUAGCUAGUGGCGGAACAAAGGAUUUGGUUGACGGAAUGGCAACUUUUGAUUCCCUCAGAAUCGCUGGCGAGCGUGAGAUCGAAUACCAACUUAACUUUUCGUCUUUGACGCUCAACAUAAGCGUCGUCCCGGCGAGUACGAUUCAGAUCAUGAAUUGCUCAACCAUCAGGCCCAACAGUAGCCUGCGCAACGGUGCGUGUGAGUGCUUACCUGGCUUUACUGCUGACAUCACUGGUGAUACCGGGCACAUCGAGGACGUCGAAUCGCUGUACGUGGAAAAGAAUAUAUCACUGUACAAGGGCGCCACUCCCGGCUCGAUGGAAUGGAUAAGCAGCCUGAAUCCAUAUGGAGUCUGUGUACCAUGCAAGAACGGUUUCUACAAAGGUACUCAUGGCAACGCCGCUUGCACACGUUGCCCGGCGUUCAUGGACACAUCGCGUUCUGACGGACAAUUGAGAUUGCCUUAUCGAUCGAUAUCUGGGAUCAGGCUUUCUGGCGAAUUGGGUCACACAAAUAAGACUGCGUGUCACUGCAUCUCUCAGACGAAAGUGCCAUUUAAGAGUUACUACCGAGAAGUGCCAUUUCAAAAUUUUGCAUGCGCAGCGUGCCCGGAGGGUGCCAAAUGUAACGGUACCGGUGUUGAGAGUCUCGAAGCGCUUCCUGGUUUUAGCAGGUAUGAUCGAACAACGCUCAAGUUCCGAGCCUGUCCGUACAAACUGGCGUGCUUGGGCGGAAUGAGCAGUGGGUGCCUGGAAGGUGGCUACACCGGCCAUACGUGCGCGGCAUGCGGGAAGGGAUACUCGUACGGUACGAUCCAAGAUACCUAUCCACCAAAAUGCUUCAAGUGCACACGUCAUGUGAUGAAUCUUCCGAUUGUCAUCAUGCAUCUCGUCUGGAUUCUGGGCGUGGUAUGGACUAUUCGCAGAAUAAACCAAUGGCGGGGUUCUGAGGCGGUCAAUCUCAUCAAAUCGUUCCUAACAUACCUUCAAAUGAAUGCGUUGGCUAAACAAUUAGAUCUAAAGUGGCCGAGCGCUACGAACUUGUUCCUCCUGAUAGCCGAGAAACUCUCUUUGCCUGAUAUUCGCUCGGCUCCGCAGAAGUGUGCGCUCAACUGGAAUUUCUACGUGAAUUUCAUGUUCCACGAGACCUUGCCCUUCGGAAUGCUGCUAAUCUUACUUUUUGGAUUCACCAUGAUGAAAUACGUUGAACAGCUGCGAGAAGAGGUCGCAAAGGCGAGAACUGCGGCGACAAAGGAGGCUCUCUCGAAGCUCUUUGAAACCAAUCAUGAAAGAGGAGAGCGACAGGUCAACACAGCGAACAAAGACAGCGAAGAAGGCCUCGAACAAUCGCAUCAAGUCACUGCCUAUGACACUGUGAUCUCUUGGCUCGUUGUCGGCCUUUGGUGGCUCUAUCCUACUGUCGUUCAGUACCUGAUUGAGUUCACGCAGUGCACCGGGAGCGUUGGCGAUAGUGAUCGACACUUUGUUUCUGAUUACUCGCUGAAAUGCGCAGGAACGAUGUACACUCUGUACGCCGUGUUAGUCUCAAUUCUCUUUAUCGUCUAUCUUGUCGGUAUUCCGUACUUUUUACUGCUACUGGCACGUCGAGAAGAUAUUGCCACGGAACACAACUCAGCAACGGUCGCGUAUCGGCUCGGAGUUCUCUACAAAGGCCUCAACGUCAAGGACGCUUGGUGGUGGGAGUGGGUGAUAUUCUCUCGCAAAUUGAUUUUAAUCACCGCUGUCAUCAUAUCCCGGAGAAGUCCGGUCCUUGGCGGAUACGCUGCGAAUUGUCUGUUGCAAUGUUUCUUCUUGCUCCACAUCGUGGUCCGCCCGCACUCCAGCGACAGGCACAGGAAAGUUGAAACCUUCGGCUUGCUCGCCACCAUGGCGACGUUUACAAGUGGUUUGAUUUAUGAACGUGACGCGAGUAAUUCGCGCUUUGGAACGAUCAUAACCGUUUUUUUGCUAGUUUCACACGGUUGGGUGUGGCUCAGCUUUGUCCGUGUGCUCAGGGAGCAGUGGCUCGAAGAGGGCGAAGUGGGUAUGAUCAGGCGUGCGAUACGGGACUUGGAGUUCGAAAACACCGUCGUCGACGCGUUCGAAGCAUCUCGAGAAGAAAAAAUAUCUCACGCCGAGCAGUUGACGAAGGAAAGCGAGCAAAUGCGUCUUAAGAGUAUGGCAGGUCAACGUCUGCCAUUUGCGGAUGACGACUUACUUGCCAAGAUAAGGGGAGACUCCACCGUCGACAUCAGAGCCGAGCACAUAGAAUUGAGCUCUCAACUGAGAGAUCUACGGAAUAAAUGGAAACUUCGAAGCGCGCACCGGCAGGAUCGACUCAUUCCGAUGGACGAACGCCACCUCGUCGCUGUUGGCGCACGCGGGCGUGCUCUGGAGUCACCCGCUCUGAGGACAUCAGAUUCGUCCGCUUGCGAGAAAAAUGACACGAACACGAGUUAG